AGUAUACAGGACCUCACCACCACCAGCCAGUCAGUCACUAGUCCUACCCAUACAGCCAGAUCAUAUAUAUCACAUUACACUAAGAAAGGAGAAUCAUCGUGGCCCUGUAAGAACCGAUAACAAUGGCGAAGAAGGCAGUACUGAUUGGCUGCAACUACCAAGGCACCAAGGCCGAGCUCAAGGGCUGCAUUAACGACGUCAACCGCAUGUACACCUGCCUCAUCGAUCGCUACGGCUUUUCCCAGGAGGACAUCAAUGUUCUGAUCGACACAGACGACUCCUACACUCAGCCAACCGGCAAAAACAUCCGCGGGGCUAUCACCCAUCUUAUCCGAUCUGCCGAUUCCGGGGAUGUUUUGUUUGUUCACUACAGUGGACAUGGGACCCGCCUUCCCGCCGAGACCGGCGAUGACGAUGACACGGGUUAUGACGAGUGCAUCGUCCCCACUGACAUGAACCUCAUCACUGAUGAUGACUUCAGGGGGUUUGUGAACGAGCUGCCGGAAGGUUGCCGGCUGACUAUUGUGUCGGAUUCGUGCCACAGCGGGGGGCUCAUUGAUCAAUCUAUAGAGCAGAUAGGCGAAAGCCACAAGGGGCAACAGAGUGAAUCUAGCUUCGGUCAUGGGAUCAAGAACUUUCUGAAGGAGCGCACAGGAGAUGCACUCGAGUCUCGUGGAAUCCACCUUCCUUCUGCAUUUCGCCGCCAUGGACGCGAUGAGGAAGAGUCUGAGGACAGAGAGAUUGACCUUGGAGAUGGUGAGUGGGGAAAUAUCAAGAGCAGAGAGCUGCCACUCUCAACUCUCAUAGAGGUGCUCAAGCAGAAGACAGGUAAGACUGAUAUUGAUGUUGGGAAGCUGAGGCCAACACUGUUUGAUGUCUUCGGAGAUGAUGCUAGUCCCAAGGUGAAGAAGUUCAUGAAGGUCAUCUUGAACAAACUCCAGAACCACGAGGGUGAAGGCAGUGGUGGGUUGAUGGGGAAGAUAGGAGGCCUGGCUCAAGAGUUUCUUAGAAAAAAGCUCGAAGAGAACGAGGAGUAUGCAAAGCCGGCUUUAGAUACAGAAAUGGGUGGCAAGGAAGAGGUUUAUGCCGGAGCAUCUCGUCGUGCUAGUCCUGACGGCGGGAUUCUCAUCAGUGGCUGUCAGACGGACCAGACUUCUGCUGAUGCCACUCCUUCAGGAGAUCCGUCCCAAGCUUAUGGAGCUCUUAGUAAUGCAAUUCAGACUAUACUCGCUGAAGAAGGUGGUGAAAUAUCAAACCAAAGGCUUGUUCACAGGGCAAGGGAGAUUCUGAAGGAACAGGGUUACAAGCAGCGACCUGGGCUUUAUUGCAGCGACCAUCACACCGAUGCGCCUUUUGUGUGCUGAUCUAAAGUCUUUAUCUUUGUAUUAUUUGAAUAAUGUGAAGUGUGCUUCUGCUGCUUUUAGUUUUAAGUUCGAUGAGAACUUGGAUAUAGAGGAAAUUCUGUUUUAUUAAUUAUUCGAAUGCUCUUGGCCA